AUGACGGCCUUCAACAUGGAACAUGGGGGAAAUGCUCCAGAGAAGAAUUUUAACGCCAAAGAUGAACGAAAGCUGCGGAAGCCUCUGAUAGAGAAGAGGAGGCGGGAGCGAAUCAACUGCAGUCUUGAGCAACUGAAGGGGAUCAUUGUGGACGCGUAUAACCUAGAUCAAUCUAAACUGGAGAAGGCUGAUGUACUGGAGGUUACUGUCCAACAUAUGGAGGGUCUACAAAAGGGUCAUGGUCCCGGCAUCCCUGCUGGUCCCAGCGUCGGGUUCCAGUCCCGGCAGCGCUACAGCAGUGGAUACAUCCAGUGUAUGCAGGAGGUCCAUAACCUGCUCCUGGGCUGUCCAGGCAUGGACAAGCCUCUAGGGGCCCAGCUCCUCAAUCACCUCCUUAAGUCUCUGCCCCACAUCAGCUCAGAGACUGGGCCUGGAAACACUGGUGGCAAUGGGCCUGAUCGGACCCCAACAAGGCCUAUCACUGGUGGGGUCAAUGGGAACAAGGGGGUGAAUAGGACUCUGAUAAAGGCCAUUGGCAAUUGUAACGGUAGUAUUGGUUGUGGUGGUAGUAGUAGUAGUAAUGGUGCUAGUCCCAAUUCUGGCCCUGGAUCCCCUCCCCAGUCUCCGCUUUCACUGCCUUCUGGAGGCGUAGGUCUAUUCCAACCUUGCCGUUUACAGAUGCAUCAUGCCUCGCCGCCGUUGACCACGCCCACAAGAUGCCCCCCGCUCCAUGCCCCCCACAGGCGGGUGCAUUCUGGGAGAGAUGAGAGGGAGCAGCUGCCUGCCUCCUCCCCUUCUAGCCCACCCAACCUCCCCCAGCCAGGGGUGUUUCACCCCGCCCCCCUGCCCCCUUUCUUCGGCCCUGUGGGAGACCCCUCUAUGUGGAGGCCUUGGUGA